AUGGUUGAGAAUAAGUCUUCCAAAAAGGCUGAAGCAGAAUUACAUAAAUUUUAUUUUGAUGAUGAUAUUUACGAAUCCUCUGAUCUUCUCCACGAUGAGAAUGGCUUCCCGCCCUUACAACAAGAUGAUGAAGAAGAGAAAGCAAAGAGCUUUGCGUCUGAUUUUUAUCAGUGCGGAAACGACUGGUCUUGUUUGUUGCAAACAAAAAGGAAUUUGAAACAGGCUAAUUUGUUUAUGCCAAUGGCUCCGUUUCACCUUCCGGUAGAAACUCUAGACUGCAACAAAAUCCAUAAGUACCCGUUUGAAGAACCGGGUUCAACGCCCUUGCCCUUCAUAAAAAAAGAUUCCUGGAGCACUUUCACUGUUGAUGCAUUUCGCUAUUGGGGAAUAGAAGGUCUUUUUUUUGCUUAUUUUCGUAGUCAUUUUCACUAUGAUCAAUUUGUUGGUCUAAGCAAAUGACGGUCACAUGGACCUCUUUAUCGCAGUCCUCUGACUGCUCGCCUUGUUAAGGUGUGUCUCUCUGUCAGUCCGCGUAAGGGCCUUAUAUAUCUAGAUUCAUCAAUGAACUUGAGCGAAGUGAAAUUGCUAGAGGCUAAUCACUGCCCAGGUGCAGCUCUAAUUAAUUUUCGUCUCCAAUAUGGACAAUGCGUUUUGCACACUGGUGAUUUCAGGGCGUGUAAGCUGAUGUAAACUUACCCUCUGCUUGUAUGCCAUCGAGUUAAUGUGCUUUGCUUGGAUACUACAUAUUGCAACGCAAAAAUAAAAGUAAGCAGCUUCUUAUGAGAACUUUGUUAAGUGGUGGAUUUUAUGCUAUCUUUCUGUAUAUUUCUUUAAAUAAUUUGUGUAAUAUUUUCCUUGUUUCUGGUUUCCAUUAUCAAAGUUACUAAAAACUUUCUUGGGAAACAAUCCAGAACUCUUGUUAUUGUUGGUGCAUAUAGCAUUGGGGAAGAAUGUGUCUUUCUUGCUUUUUCUUAGGCAUUAGGGGUAUUUAUGUUCAGCAAUUUUCCACGGAGAAGGGUUUUGCAGUCCUUUGAUUGGCAUGAGUUUUCUGGGAGUCUCUGUACACAGCGAAACACUUCUGUACUUGAUGUGCUUAGCUGUGUGGAGUUGAGUAUUGAUUACGUGAAGACCUACACAAAUCAGUAUGCAGCAGUAUUGGCAUUUUGGCCAAUAGGUUGGACUUAAUAAGAGAGUAUGUGGAACCAACUCAGUUUCAUUAAGCCUAUCUAUAGAGGCAAUAUUACAAUUUAUGGUGAGAUGAUUUCGAUGUGUAACUUAAGUUAAGACUUGAAUAUGGUGGAACUGGUUUAUCAUGGGUUCUUGCUUCUUUUUGCUUGAGAUCCUGGAUGUUAGGUUAGGUGUGAGAUGCAAAUUAUGACUUAUUCUGUACUUGUUAGUUGUUCCAUAAUAGUUUAUAGCAUGGUGGAUCAUCAAAACU